AUGAAUGGUACCCUUCAAAAUCAAUUCCACGUUUCUUCAUUUGUUGACCCGUUGCGACCCGAUUCCGUUUGGUCCUCCGUAGUCCCUACCAAGCACCAACUCUUCAGCAGUACAACACACACACAUGCUAUAGUCCACAACAAGAACAAGACAAAUCACAGAGAACGAGUGAGAGAACUCGAAGCACUCAUCAGGUUUCAGGCACCCAACAAUAUUUCUGUACAAAGAUGCAAUCUUUAUCGCCUUUUUCCGUCCACCAUCUCCUAUUUGCCUUCGCCGUUCAAUGUAUGCCUGAUUAUUAUCCGCUUUUCUUCGUUUGUUGAGAAUCUCGUUUUGCCAAGAUGGGUUUUGCUCCGCGCCAUCGAUCUUGGAGGCUCAGCCACUCUAUUGGAAAGCCACCAAUCCAACUCUCGCACCCUCUCAUCUUCAAGGACUAAUACAUUGGGUGCUUAUCUCAUUACACCACCAAUGGGGUCACAUUUUGUUAUGUACUUAGCAAAGAUGCAAGGUGGGGUUUUGAGAGAGAAUUCAAGAUCAGGGCUUCCACUUAAGGAUGUUGAGAGGUCCGGAAGCUUUAUUUUGCUCAAGAAAUUUGGAAUAAGAAUUCGGUUUAUAUUCGUGCUUCAGGGUGUGGUGACUCUCGGCGAUGCAUCAGGCAUUAAACACGAACUAGAGGUGGAUUCAUAUGCCUAUCUUCCUCCGAACGCAGAGCAUUCGUUGAACUCAAGUGCAUCUGCCACACUUGUUAUAUUUGAAAGAAGGCACGAUUACUUGAAAAAUCAUGCUCCCGAACAGAUUAUUGGUUCAACAGAUAAGCAGCCCCUUCUAGAGACCCCGGGAGAGGCAAAAUCUUUAUGCUGCUUCAAAGUGGUCUUUGAGCUAAGGAAGCUACUUCCAACUACAUUGCCUUAUGAUUUCAACAUUCAUAUCAUGGAUUUUCAACCCGGUGAAUUUCUCAAUGUAAAGGAAGUUCACUAUAACCAGCAUGGUUUGUUGCUUUUGGAAGGUCAAGGCAUAUACCGCUUAGGUGAUAGCUGGUAUCCUGUUCAAUCGGGUGAUGCAAUUUGGAUGGCCCCAUUUGUGCCUCAAUGGUAUGCUGCACUCGGCAAAACAAAGUCGCGCUAUUUGUUGUACAAAGAUGUCAACAGGAACCCUUUGUAACAAGACAAUUGAACAAACUAUAUUGAUCAACUUGUGACCUAAUGCUUGUAUAAAAGCAUGACUAGCUAUCUUUAGAUGCACAAGACUUUUAAUGUUGAGGUUGGUCUAAUUAUUCAGAUUGUGUCUGAUGAUUGUUUUGGAAAAGCAAAUCAAAUGGUAAAAGUAAAACCAUUUCUUGUUUUGGCCAAGAGUGGUUUGUUCUCGCUCUCUUGCUUGUGAUAAUUUUUUCACCAAACAGGUAAAUAUGAUAUUUUAUUGUUUAUUUUCAUUAACCUUUUACAUAAGAAUCAAGUGGCAUACAGGAUGUUAAGUAAUAGUGUGUAAUACACACCUAUCAAUCAAU